AAUGGAAUAAGAGCCAGAAAUUGACAUGGGAAAUUACUCAUUAGACCUUUCUGGUUUUUACAAUAAGAAUAAUUACAACGUAUCUCCAAUAAAGAAAGCCAAUUUUGACGAAGAUAAAAUUAAUCAUUAAAAGUUAAUCUUAGAUUACUUAGACCAUUUUUGUCCUCAAUCUGAAGACUAAUAUUAUAAGUGGUUGAUUAGUGAAAAAGUUAUUUAAUAUCUCCAACAUUCAUUAAUUAUGAAUUUAUGGUUUAAUAAAUUGGAUUUAGAAGAAAGAUUUGUUUGGCAAAAAACAGAUAAUAAUGCCUUUGUGAGAAGAAAAUUUUAAUUGAUUGAAAAUAAAUUGCUUAUUCUUUACGGAUCAGAAAAUUAACAUAUUGUCGGUAUUAAAUUAUUAUUUUUAGAAAUCAUUCCUUUGGCAUAUUCAAUUCUAUAAGAAAUUCCUAAACAAUAAUAUGUGAAUAAAUUUGGAAUUAUUAUUAAGUGUGAUAAAUUAAAGAUAGAAGCUUAACUGUUUUUCGAUACUCUAAUAGAAUUGCAUUAACUUUAUUGUCCUUAUUCUUAGAAGUAUUAAAUAUUAAAUAAUAAUAAAAAAACUCAUAUUGAAUGCGUUAACAAAUCAUUAGGAUUAAAAUUAUCAGUUUAGCAAUUUUUAUUAGAUAAUAGUUCGAUUUCUAAUUUAAUAAUUCAUGAUUCAGUUUCAAAUUUUAAAGGAGUUAUUAGGUGUCAUGAAAUUCAAUUUCAAAAUGCUACUACAAUAUUUUAAAUUUGUGAAAAUAUCCCAUUUACCCUUGAUGAAUAUCUGUCAUAAAUAAAAUAAUUGAGUGGUAUACAGUAUUUUAAUUACUAGAAUUUCAAAUAAGAUAGAUAGCCAAAUAGUUAUUGGUUACAUUUAAUUACAUUCAUAUGAUGAGUAUAAUUAUAGUUUGUUUAAAUCCUAAUUAGAUAGUAGUGAUUCCUAAUAAUAGGAGCCAGAUUCAAUAGAAAAGAUUGCUAUUUGCAAUUUCAGCUAUUCUACUUACAAAUUUAAAGUGUACAAUAAACAAGUGUUAUCUGAAUUUGUUUCUUCAGAAGUAAUAAAAGGAUAAAUGUUUGAUGAAUUAGUAGAUUCCUAUUUAUUAUACAAAUUAUUGACCUAUGUAAUAAGAGGAUAAUAAUUAUCUCCAAACUUCAAAGAUUUGCUAUGUAAACUGGAGAAGUAAAUACCUAUGGAGUAAGCUUUGUAACACGAACUGUUUAAGGAUGAAACAAUAACAAAAAAAGCAAUUGAAAACAUGGUCAUAUUGAAGAACUGAUAAUUAAAUGAAUAUAAUAGAG